AUGGCUAAAUUAAGCAGCCAUCAAAUGUCCGAGCUACUGCUCCAAGCUGAACGAUGCCUGGCGGGCAAUCCCAAGACCGUCGAACUAAGCGACGUUGCCCUGGACAAGGUGGAAGCUAUCGCUCCCGUCAUUGCCACAGUACCUAAAGGCAAAGAAGGGUCUAUUCGUGUCGCAAAGAAGGAGAAAACUAGCACCACAGAAGCAAAGGAUUCUGCCGGCUGCAACUGGUUUGACCUUCCCAAGACGGUUCUAACACCAGAGUUUAGGAGAGACUGGCAGGUUCUCCGUAUGCGCGGCCUGCUAGACCCGAAGCACCAGAAGAAGGCUCUGAGGGCAGAGGCACCGAAAUACUCCCAAGUCGGCCAGAUUAUCGAAGGCCCCGCCGAUUUCUUUAGCGCGAGACUCACUCGUAAGGAACGACGACAAACUAUACUUGGUGAAGUGAUGAGGGAUUACUCGGACGACAAAAUAAGGACAAAAUAUGCCUCCAUCCAGAAGAAGAAAGCGUCGGGUAAAAAGGCGUUCUACCAAAAAGUCGUUGCCCAACGGCGAAAGGGCCGUGGCUGA